AUGACUACAAAAAUAUUAUUAUUAAUUGUGUUUCAGCGAAAUACCCAGGGAAAAGAUUUGAAAGCAGAAGAUCAUGAACUCUUUGUGAACGUUGGUCAAAUGUGCAUUGCUCAGGGUGACAGUGCACAACUGCUGGAUUUUAUCAGCGAUGAGAAAAAUCAGGACAUAGUGAAAUCUAUGGGUAGUGGUCUCAUAGGGCCACUGAUUAAGGAAGUGGUGAAGAAAGAGAAGGAUUCCGUACACUGUCAGGCUGUGAUCACACACCUCAUACAGAUCUGCAAUGCAGACGAAAUCCUGGACGUCUUGAUCAAGCAAGUGGAGGAAACUGAUCCUGUUGUGAUUGCAGACACCAUCACUCUGCUCAUGCAACAGAUUCAACCAGUGCUGAUGAGGCUUGGUGAUUCAAAGCCUGCCUUGUUGAGCCUGGCCCUGGAUGCUCUGCACAAACAGAUCUCGAAGCUACCGGUACCAUACACACACAAACAGGAAGGGGAAGACAUGCACGGUCUCUGUCGCUGCUGCACUGCUCUUCUGACCUUUGUGCAGCCAUUUGUGCAGGAAGUCAAAAGUCAAGAUGCAAAGAGUCCAAUGGCAAGCACGUAUCAUUCGAGAAUGAGGACCGUACUUUACAAAUUCUGCAUGAAAGGUCUAAGGGAACCUCUCCUUGAAGCUCAACUUGAUCGGGAGACUCACAAGUCUCACAAUUCUCCCCUCUGGAACUUUGCCACAGAGAUCAUGAGCACUCUAUCAGCUAUCCAGGAGCCUCUGCCCAAUCUCCUGCUCUUCUAUCCCUUGAGAGGGAAGGAAGACAAGAGAGUUGUGCAAGAUGACAGUCACCUGCCUGAAUCAAGGGCUUGCCUGGCCUACUUGCUCUUCGUCCAGCUUAUUGCCAUUGAGCUGUUUCCUGCAGUCUUCAGCCCAGUGUUUAUCCUGCAGUGUAACAUGGAGUACAUCAACAUUUUACUGGGCAGAAAAGAUGAACCAUGGAUCUUGAAAGGUUUGGACUUGUAUGUUAAAAGCUUGGAGAGAGUUCUGGACCACAGUCUUCCAGUAGAGUUGCUGGAGCAGAAGAUUUUUCACACAGUUACACAAAACCUAAUUCACAUCAUGACCGACUGUCCUAUCCAGCAUUUGAGAGUAAAGGCUCUAGUGGUGUUUCAGCUUUUUAUAGAGAAACUCAGUUGGGAAGCGAAGCAUAAAUUCUUCAGGUGCAUAAUGAAAACAAGUCAGCACGCAGGAGUGGAAAGUGUUAUUCUCACAAACAUCAAAAAUCAAGUGGAGAAUUCAAGCAAGUCAGAUGGACAGAUGGGCAGCUGGUUUAAGGGGACAUUACUGCUAGCGCUCCUGAGGAACACGCUGAGCUUACCUCAAGGCCCAGAGACGGACUUAUUGCAUGGGAUGGACAGGGUCAUGGUGUCUCUAAAUCUUCUGAGAUAUCUUCUCAUCAGAGAGAGAAGCAAAUCUACAGGUAUUUGGACAGAGCUUUGUGACAUUGCUGAGAGCUACAUAAAAAUACUGCGUGUAUGUCUCACCAUGUCAAAAUCAUACUAUGGGUCAGAACUAAAGAGACUGCAUGAGGACAAAAAGGUCACAGUAAGGGAACUGAAAGAGGCCUCAGGAAACAAAUCAGUUCAACGUAUGAUUGUGAAAAACAAAGCGCUAGCUGGAAUGCCCUGUGAGGCACAGGAGAAGGUAUUACAGUGUGCACUUGUUACAUAUGAUCUGAUGGAGAGUCUUGUCAUCCGAAUAGAGGAGAUCCUAGAGGAGAGAGUGUGAUGUUGUCCAAGCCGUGGUUGCUUUUUCCUUUGCUGGGUUGACUU